GAUUGAAAUAGGCCACUACACGAGCUAUAAAUUAACGUUCAGCGUGUCAUUGCGAUUAGUUCAUUUGUGGCUGUCACAUAUUCAAUUGCAAACUACACUUUCUAAAUUUGAAGCUCAUAGAGAUUUAAAAGCCUAAAAAUCAUGGCUGUCAAAUUAGUCAAUGAGAACGGUUCGGCUAUGCUUUAUGUCUACCAGCAAAUGGUUUGCUUUGAGUUAUGCAUCCACAUGUUUCUAUAUUUGAAAAACGAGGGAGUUGAACGAUACCAAAAUUUAAUCACAGCACUUGUAGUACUGCUAUUAAUCUUCAAUAUAGGCAUAUUUGGACAAGGAUUAGUUGAUGAGAGUGACAAGCUCACCAGAGAAUUAUCACAGUGCUCGUGGAUUGAUAAACCAACAUGGUUCAAAAAGUCUCUGCGACUCAUGAUGAUGACUGCAAUUCACAAACCUCUUCAAAUUAAGCCAGUCGGUCUUUUUGUUAUCAACAUGCAAAAUGUAUCAAGGAUAAUCCAAGCAGCAUAUUCAUAUUUUAAUGUGAUGAGAACGGUAAAAGACAAAUAGGCCUAGAAGACAUCGGACUUCAUAAUAUUCAUCCUGCGUUUUCAUUGCAAUAUUGUUGGGUUUGUUUUGAUUUUCGGAUUGAUUACUAAUAUAAUAUAUUAUGAAUGUAGAUGAUGAUUAUACAUAGGUUACAUGGGUCUACUUUGCUCACUAACUUUGUAUCAUCAGAGACAAUUCGUUUAAACGAUCAUCCUCUUUUACAUUCUCUGGUAUCACCAAAAUGUAUUGAUUAUCAUGUACAUUUUUUGUGGUUUAUAAUGUAAGAAUUUGACUUGUUUAACUUGCAAUAAAGUCUCUUGUGUUUAUAA